CCUUCCGAAAGGGAAACACUUCUUUAACAAUUCCAUUGUUUUUCUCGUCGUGGAAUUAUUGCUCCCUCCUCCCCACAUUUUGUCCCUUUUCUCCCGUCCUGUUAGUUCUUCUAAUCGCCUUCGUGCUACAUUGGAGAAAUAUAAAAUCGGAAAAGGGGGUUUUCUUCUAUUGGGGUUUCUUCUCUGUUAGAGUUGGGGUUGGGGUGGUUGUGAUGUAUGUUUGAUGAUUAUGGGUUGUCAAAUCUCAGAUGAAUUGCUGGGUACAUUUCUGCCAAUUGUGGUUUAUUGGGGUUAUUCAGGGAUAUAUUGCCUCUUGGAGUGGCUCAAGGGUUAUAGGUUGCACACAAAGCAGGAUGAGGACGAGAAGAAUUUGGUCUCCAAAUGGACUGUCAUCAAAGGCGUUCUCUGCCAACAAGUUGUUCAAGCUCUUGUUGCCACCCUCUUGUUUGCGGUGAUGGGAAGCGAUGACGAAGCAGUCGGAUCUACCCAACGCCAUUCCCUAACAGUCUUGGUUGUGCAGUUUAUCACAGCAAUGAUAGUCCUAGAUACUUGGCAGUAUUUCAUGCAUAGGUUCAUGCACCAAAAUAAGUUUCUUUACAAACACAUCCAUUCCCUGCACCACCGGCUCGUAGUCCCAUAUGCAUAUGGAGCUUUGUAUAAUCACCCGGUGGAGGGUCUUCUUCUCGACACCAUUGGCGGGGCACUUUCCUUCUUGCUCUCCGGUAUGUCCCCUCGAGCAUCCAUUUUCUUCUUCUCUUUUGCCACGAUCAAAACGGUGGACGAUCACUGUGGGUUGUGGUUACCUGGGAACCCCUUCCACUUGUUUUUCAAGAACAACACUGCUUAUCAUGACAUCCACCAUCAAUUGUACGGAAGCAAGUACAACUUCUCUCAACCGUUCUUUGUGAUAUGGGACAGAAUUCUAGGAACCUAUAUGCCGUAUUCUCUUGAAAAGAGACGGGGUGGGGGAUUUGAAGCACGACCAGCUAAAGAGUUUAAUGGUGAUUGAACUUAAAUUCUUAGGGGGGAAGAAGCAUUGUUGUUACUAGGAUGUACCACCACUAAUUUUUUGUUUUUCUUUUUUAUUCAAUCUCAAUGAUAUUUGUUGUGCUUUAUUUGUUCCGGGUAUUCAUGAGUCUAAAAAUAUCUCUAGAGAGUGAAAUAGUCGUAUAUCCAUGUAAAGUUCAAUGCAUGUUUUUUAUGGCUUCAACAUGAUUGUAGUUAUGGUUGAGUUAAUUAUGCAGCUUUCUGUUAAAUCUGUUGCUGACUGGAAACUGACUUCUGCUGCAUUUUCAGUGGAUAGUGACUUGUAUUUUAUUUAGUU